ACACCUGAGGUGCUGGGGACUCCUGUCACCUCCUCCAUCCUGCUUCUCCUCCUCUGGACUUUUGAUGAUCUGACACUUUUCUCUCCUUAUCUCCCCCAGUUGACUGUGAAGCCCCCCGAAUACUAAAGCCAGGAGCCCCCACCCCUCCCUCCCCAAACUGUCAGCUGAUGCUUUAAACAUGUGCCCCUUCUCCCGGUCCAUGGACACCGAUCUACCUGUUCCACAGUCGGCGCGGGCGGGGAGCGGACAAGUUGUCGGCUGGCGCCCGGUUAUCGGGCGGGAUGUGACCGGAGAGGAGGCGGCAGAGAGGCGGCGGUAGAGAUGCUGCACAAUGCGUCCUCCUCCAGGAACUGCUGCGCCCCCGACAGGGCAGAGGUGCAGGCGGCGGAGCCCCGGGCUGUGUGGCUGGUGACGGCGCUGUCCGGGGUGCUGAUCGUCACCACAGUGGUGGACAUCCUGGGCAGCCUCCUGGUCAUAGUGUCCGUGCUGAAGAACAGGAAGCUGAGGAACUCAGGUAAUGCCUUUGUAGUAAGCCUGGCCUUUGCAGACCUGGUGGUGGCCUUGUAUCCCUACCCGUUAGUCCUGGUGGCCAUAUUUAAGAACGGUUGGGCUCUUGGAGAGAUACAUUGCAAAGUGAGUGGAUUUGUCAUGGGUCUGAGCGUCAUCGGAUCCAUCUUCAACAUCACCGGGAUUGCCAUUAACCGGUACUGCUACAUCUGCCACAGCCUUGUCUACGACAAGGUCUUCAGUGCCUGGAAUACAAUGCUUUAUGUAUGUCUUAUCUGGGUCUUCACCGCUCUGGCCACGGUUCCAAACUUUUUCAUUGGGUCUUUGGAAUAUGACCCUCGGAUUUAUUCCUGUACUUUUGUCCAGACUGUAAGCUCCUCGUAUACCAUCACGGUGGUGGUCAUCCAUUUCAUUGUCCCAAUCACUGUGGUCACAUUUUGCUAUCUCCGAAUAUGGAUUUUAGUCAUUCAGGUAAGAAGGAAGGUCAAGUCAGAGACGAAGCCAAGGAUGAAACCGAGUGACUUCAGGAACUUUCUUACAAUGUUUGUCGUGUUUGUCCUUUUUGCUUUUUGUUGGGCUCCUCUGAACCUGAUCGGCUUAGCCGUGGCUAUUAACCCUAUCGAGGUGGCGCCGAAAAUUCCUGAGUGGUUGUUCGUCUUGAGUUACUUUAUGGCUUACUUUAACAGUUGCCUUAAUGCUGUGAUUUAUGGACUUCUAAACCAAAACUUUCGGAAAGAGUACAAAAGGAUUGUGAUGGCACUGUGGAUGCCAAGACUCUUCUUUCAGGAAAUCUCCAGAGGAGUGACUGAGUGCCCAAAAAGCAAACCUUCUCCUGCCCUGAAUAACAAUGAACAGAUGAAAACUGAUACCGUCUGACCCCACCAUGAAGGCCAGACAACCAAGAGCCAAUGAACAUACAGUACCAUACACAUGCAAGCGUUCACUUGGUUUUACAUUGACUUUAUUUAGCUGCAUAUUUUUUUACAUGAACCUCAAAAAGACUACUUUUUACUUCAUAAAAAUGUAUAGCUUGGUUACACAAGAUUAUUGAAUUAUGCCUUUAUUGUAUGGAAAGAGUAAGGCAUAAAUUCUGUACAUGGGUUCCCUAUGGAUCACUUUAGAAGGAUUCAUCUUUCAUGACCUAAACCUUGAACUACAAGAAGUGGUCAUAAAAUUGUUAAAAGUAUAAAGGGUGUUUAUACUGCAACCUAUUUUAUUAUUCCUUCUAGACUAGUCUUGGUGAAAAAGGUUAUCCAGGCCUUCAGGAUAGUCCAUCAAUAUUAAAGGGGUGGUAGUUUGGCUCCCAGUACUCCGCCAUCCAGGUGCUUGGUGAGACCCUUAAACUUUUCAGUGUUUAAAUGUGCCCACCCUUGUCCUGCCAUACUUCUCAUAGUGCAGCAUUGCCCCCAUUUACUUGAAUAGGUGAAAACUUCAGGACCAUUAUAGUAUGGCAAAUCAAGAAUGAGCAUAUGUAAACAAUGAAGAGGUUAAGGCAUUCACCCUACAGCCCAGGCUCUGUCAAACAGCAGAUUGCCAUGGGUGUGGGUGUCAGACCUAUGUUGAGCUAAUACUGAUGAUGGAUCCUGAGGAUAGGCCAUCGAUAUUAGAUUGGUGAGGUCUAGCUCCCGAUACUCCGCCAUUCAGCUGCUCAGAGUGGGUCUGGAACUCUUCAAUGUUUACAUGUGCCCGCCCUUGUCUUGUCAAACUACUGGUAUUGCAGCAUUGCCCCAUUCACUUGAAUGGGUGGAAGCUUCAGGACCUUGAUAGUACCAUAAGUCAGGGAUCAGCAUGUGUAAACACUGAAGAGUUUAGAGCGUUCACCCUACAGCCUAGGCUUUGUCAAACAGCAGAUUGGCAGGGGUGCGUGGUGUUGGACCUAUGUUGAUCUAAUACUGAUGAUCGGUCCUGAGGAUAAGGCAUCAAUUCUUGAAAGCCCAGAUAACUCUUAAGAGUAUCCUACAGUUUGUGUACACAGCUCUCUUGUAGAAUACUAAUUGGCUCUUCCCGAUUGUUGAAGAUUUGCUUGGGCCCCAUUCAUUUCAAUGGCUUCAGUGUAGUCAGCUAGUGACUACGUUCGGGUCAUUUCCCCAACGUAUCUGAGCUGUGUCUCAGACAAAAAAUUGCCAAAAGCCGUGUUUUCUCAGGCAAAGCCAAUAGUUUUAUACGUUUGUGAAAUUACCCAAAAGUAGCCACUGGGGCGUAUCUGCAGUAGUGUGAACAAGGUCUAAGACAUGUAGAAUAUGUCAUGGAUUACACAACUUGAAAAUCCACCCGAAGGCUAUGUUCACACAUCGUAAUAUCCACAUGGAAAAUCUCCGUGCAGGUGCCGGCAGAACAUGUCAGCGCUAAGACUGCACAGGAAUGCGCCGUCUCAUAGACUGCUAUGCAUUCUGCGCGGAGUCUGCAGAUAUACUGGACAAAUCCAUUCUUUCUGUGGACAUGGAAAUCAGAAUUUCCGUGCCAGAAACAGUGCACAGUCCCAUUGUAUUCAAUCACAUUGAAUACAAUGGGACUCUGCUUCUUCAGAAUCUCUGGCGGAAUUCCAAUGUGGAAUUCCACACAGAAAUUGCGGAUGUGUGAACAUGGCCUAAGAGUCUCUAUAAGAAGAAGUCUUAAAAUGGGUCUGUGCUAGAGAUGAGUGAACUUUUUAUAUAGCUGGUUUGCCGAGCUCUGGCGAAAAGUUCUGUCCAAACCUGUAUUUCACCAAUAGCCCAAAAAUGUCUAGGAGCCCUAAAAGCCCUGUAUAACACUGUUAGGCCAGUUAUGAGAGGAUCUCUGGUACAAUAUUUUCAUUCUAAUCUAUUUACAAAGUUGCUUUCUUUUUUUAAAUCUUUGAUGCACUGAGCAAUACUGAGUUGACUGCAAAAGUGUACAUGGAAGGACAUCUGAGCAUCGACGGAGCAAUACUCAGCAAAAUAUUUCAACACACAAAGGCCCCUUUCACACUGCCCCUUCAAAAUACGGGCGUCAAACUCCCUUUUUUUUUUUUUGGGAGUUUGACGGUCAUAAUUUUGACGGGUCGUAACAGCCAAUGACAGGUCCCAAUGGACCCCAUUAUUGUGAAUGGGGUCCAUCGGGUGCCGUUAUUUUUGGAAAGAAUUGCCGGAGACGCUGCAAGCACUAUUUUUUCUCCGGCAAUUCUGGAUCCUAAAAUAACGGGCUUCACACUGCCGGAGACAACCAGCAGUGUGAAUGUAGCCUUAUAUGGUGGCAGGAAGUGUCUCUGGGCCAAGAAUUUCCCAAUUCAAAUGUUAAAUUCAGAUUUUCUCCUUUUUAAAGGGGUACUCUGCACCUAGACAUCUUAUCUCCUAUCAAAAGAAUUGGGGAUAAGAUGUCUGAUUGCGGGGGUCUGGCAGCUGGGAACCCUCCAUGAUCUCUGUGCAGCACCUGGUAUUCUAAACAGUAUCUUUAGA